AACUAUGGUAGCAAGGUACGUUCGCCACCAAAACAUGCAUGGCCUAUUUGAUCGGGAUGUGUAUGCUCAUUUCUAUCCUAUUGUCAUUACAUCUAAUCAAGCAAGGGCAUAACCUUCCGAGUAACAUUGCCACGUUUUAUAGGCAUUGAACAUGGCCCUCGAGUUACCUGCCUUUAUUCUACCCCAACGGACAAAGAAGCCGGUAUUCGCGUCACCGAACUGAUCCGGACGCAUGCCUCGAGACUUUAACUCGGGAUUCUUUGUUCAGCUAUAGCAGCGAAAUAUGGGAUGCCUGGCUAUUAAGAUGCGUAGUGCUGGUUCCCCUGCUGCUGCUUCCGGGUCGCUCGAAAAAAGUAUAGUUACAUAUGUUGUGAGAUGGCCUCGGGCGAUAACAUAACCAAUCAAUACGAUGAUAAUGACCAAGGGGGAAUGGACUGGAAUAUUGGAAUACAUCGGCACUAUCCGCCGCCGGCAGACAUACCGGAAUAUGUGAAAAAGGCACUUCCUCCACGACCGGAUCCUGGUUCUUCGUCUAUUCAUUUCUACCCAAUCGAGAGUGCUCAACGGCUAUCCACUUCAGAUGACCAACAUGAACUGGAUUGUCCCGAUGUCAAUCCAGGUGUGCUCGAUGAAGCCGGGUUAGCCGUGGUGCAGCCGCUUCAGCUGAUGCCGUCCUCACCACGUUCAGAGAAAGAAUCAGAAAUAGUAGCGCCACAGCCAAGAUAUCCAGCCCGCAUGAUUCUGGAGACGAGCGAGCCCGAUGAUAUAGUCGUUAGCCCUGUCUCAGGGCUUUUAGCUGAGAAUAAGAACCUACAGCAAUACCAGGUCUCACCGAUCUCACCUAACGAGUCUACAUGUAGCCUGCAAUCGGGAAUUUCUUCAAGUGCGAGUCAUAACUCCUCGUCGGGAGAGGAGAUAUAUCUUAGUCGACAGCCAUUUUUAUAUGAGAAGCAUCCUAUUGUAUAUCAUCCGUCGGCGGAUCUACUUCCUACGUUGGAGAUUGAUACUCUAAACAAAAAGCACCAGUUCCAAUACCAGCAAAUCAACCUCCGGUAUAGUGAUCCGGGGAGCCCUAUAAGUGGCACCGUGAUACAUCCUCCAACCUCAUUCCCUUCUGAUCCCAACCUCAGGCUCUCGCGUCAUCUCGACGAUGAAAAUCAGGGGUACCCACCGACCAUCAAUACUGAGCCGCUAUCACCCACCAGCUUGGGGAAUAACCCCGAUAGCCAGUCGCAAACCGCCAGCCCCAAAGUCGCGUUCGCCGGCGCCAUAGACGGAUUCUCGACGCGGUCGCGGGCCAACAGUAAGAGGGCAGCCCACGCGCCGCCGCCCCUGAAACUAAGCGAGCGCCCGCUAGCAGACAGCUACGUCAAGACGCCGUUCCCGGGCGUAGAGCCCGCGGUGCAGCGGCAAGACAGCUCGGGCUCCGCGCGCCAGACGCAGAAGCAGAAGCAGAGCCCGGCGGAGCAGAACAGCGUCGCGAGGAAGCGGAACCGGGUGUCUACCCUGCCCGCGUUCGUGUUCGCGAAGGCGUCGAGGCAGAGCGGUGGGGAGGCGCGGGGGAAGGAGAAGGAGAAGGAGAAGGAGAGGGGGCCGACGGUGAAGGGGUUCUUGUCGAGGGCGAAGUCGUUGAGGAUAGGUCGGGGGUUGGGGUUGGGGCUGGGGCUGGGGAUUGGCUCGGAGGAGACGAGGAAGGAGAAGAGGAGGGAGGAGAUGAAGAGGCAGAUUCGGAUUGGUGAGCCGAGGUCUUGAUAUGUCGGAGUAAAGGGGGCUAUACAAGUACCUAUUACGGAGGCUCUUAUGGGAUACCGAGGGUAGUACUCUAGUGUGGCUUAUGAUGUUACUGAGUGGUUGAAUAGCGAGUUUAUAUAAGCCAUCUUGCGGCUUAUUCGCGGGCGUUAUUGCAACUAAUAAUUGGUGCCCGCAGUUUCCUGAUAUAUCGCUUAUAUUAAGCGGUACUGCCUCACUACCGUCUGUUGAUGGGCCACAGCCUUCCUCCUUGCAACCUAAUAUUCUAUAUAUCUUUCCAAAUUCAAAUAUUAGAACUACCAUGACCAGAUGAUUUUAACUACCUGAGACAUACAUUUUGACAGUUCUUUCCAUCAUGUCGAAACCCUCCAGCAAAUUUCAUCAGAUAUUUUCUCGUUUCUCCCGAAGUAAGCCUAAAUCAACACUUAGC